AUGGUGAAUUCUACAAUGCUGUUCUCCAAUAUGACUCAGCUAUCCCCUAUUAGCUCUAAUCUUGUAGACGAUUUGUUCUAUGUUUGGUUUGGACUUUUCAUAUUGACACUACUUUGCUUUAUCUUCUUCCUUUACUUCUUCACAGAGAUACUGAAUGUCUACUUCACCACGCCUCAUGUUCGUGAAAUAUCUCGCUACGUGCUAUUUGCCCAUAUGCUCAUUAAUGACUUAUUGUACAUGAUUGCUGGACUUCUACUUUGUCUGUGUGCAUUUUUCAAAAUUACCAUGCCUCUGUCCAUCUGUUAUUUCCUCCUUGCGUUUUCGGCAUCAACAUUUCGCAUCACUCCGUACAAUUUGGCAGCCAUGGCUCUGGAACGCUACAUAGCGAUUUGUUUUCCAUUAAGACAUAUAACAUUUUGCACAGCACAGAGAUCAUACACUGUGAUUGCAAUCAUAUGGUUGAUGGGGAUAAUGCCUAAUGUAGCUGAUAUAUUUGUCCUGAGCUCCUCAGUGGAAAGCAUGUUCUUCUCACUGUGCGUGAUCUGCAGGCAGGAUUUGGUCAAGGUGAACUCGCUACAGACCACAGUACAAACGCUGAGCUUUAUAUUUACCUUGUCGAUGGUGGGACUGACCAUUCUCUAUACUUACGUCAAGGUCAUGUUGGUCGCUCGGAAAAUUGGAUCAGGAAGUUCUUCUGCCUCCAAAGCUGGAAAAACUGUCAUGCUUCAUGCAUUCCAGCUACUAUUAUGUAUGGUCUCCUUAACUCACUCAGUUAUAGAGUCAAAAGUUAACACUCAUGUUGCCAUAAUAAGACUAAUGAAUUUCUUAAUUUUCAUGUGCCUUCCCAGGUUCCUAAGCCCAUUAAUUUAUGGUAUAAAGGAUGAAGUAUUUAGCAAAUGCAUCAGAAAAAUGUAUGCUUUACUUUGUAAACCCCAUUUGGCAAACUUAAAAUAA